AUGCUGCCGCUCGGCCUGCACUUCCUGGCGGCUCUGGGCACCGCUCUCGCCUCGCUCCUGUCUCUGCUGCUCCUGCUCGCCGUCUCCCGCCAGCUGUGGACCCUCGGCUGGAAUGUGCGCAGAGACCGGGGCAACAAGCUGCCCCUGCCCAAGGGCUCGAUGGGCUGGCCGUUACUCGGAGAGACGCUGCACUGGAUGGUGCAGGGCUCCAAGUUCCACGCUUCCAGGAGAGAGAAAUACGGCAAUGUUUUUAAGACGCACUUGCUGGGCCGCCCGGUAAUCCGAGUGAGCGGCGCCGAGAACAUCCGCAGAAUCUUGCUGGGGGAGCACCGCCUGGUGAGUGCUCAGUGGCCCCACAGCACCAGGCUCCUGCUGGGACCCAACACACUGGGCAACUCGAACGGGGAGUUACAUCGUCAGCGGAGGAGGAUACUGGCCCGGGUAUUCAGCCACGCCGCUCUGGACAGUUACCUCCCCGGGAUCCAGCGGCUGAUCCGUUCCCGGGUCCGGGCUUGGUGCAGGGAGCCGGCUCCGGUCGCUGUCUACCCGGCCGCCAAGGCGCUGACUUUCUGCAUCGCCGUCCGGGUCCUGCUGGGUUUACAGGCGGCCGAGCAGCAGCUGGACCGCUUGGCCGCGACCUUCGAGCAGCUGAUGGAGAACAUCUUUUCGCUGCCUGUGGACAUGCCGUUCAGCGGCUUGCGGAAGGGCCUCAAAGCACGGGACGCACUCCACCAGUACUUGGAAACCGCGAUCGCAGAAAAGCUGCAGGCGGAGCGGCUGCUUUCUCAGCCUGACGCUCUGAGCUUGAUGCUGCGCAGUGCCCGGGAGAAUGGCAGCGAGUUAAACCUCCAGGAGCUGAAGGAAGCUGCUGUUGAGCUGAUCUUUGCUGCUUUCUCCACCACGGCGAGUGCCAGCACCUCCCUGGUGCUGCUGCUUCUGCAACACUCCGAGGCGCUGGAGAAGGUGAGGCAGGAGCUGGGCCAGCACGGGCUGCUCGCUCCCUGUCAGUGCCCCCUGGAGCGGCCGGGCGCUCAGCGCCGACCGGGAAGCCGAGCCAAGGGGCCAGGCUGUGAGUGCCAGCCCCUCCUGAGGUUGGAUACCCUCAGCCGCCUGCGUUACCUGGACUGUGUGGUGAAGGAAGUGCUGCGGCUGCUCCCGCCUGUCUCUGGGGGCUACAGGACAGCCUUACAGACCUUCGAGCUAAAUGGAUGUCAGAUUCCCAAAGGUUGGAAUAUUAUCUAUAGCAUUCGUGACACACAAGAGACGGCAGCCGUCUACCUGAACCCGGAUACUUUCGAUCCCGACCGCUUUGGACCGGAGCGGGAUGAGAGCAAAGCGGGGAGGUUUAAUUAUUUACCUUUCGGAGGGGGUGUUCGGAGCUGCGUCGGCAGAAAACUGGCGCAAGUGAUCCUCAAAACACUGGCGGUGGAACUGAGCAGCGCGGCGACCUGGGAACUGGCGAGCGCUACCUUCCCCAAGAUGCAAACUGUCCCGGUUGUGCACCCUGUCGAUGGGCUGAAGGUUCGCUUUCACCGCCUGGGUGGCAUGGUGACGAAAUGAAAGAGUCCCUCAGGGAAUGACCAAAAAAAAGACAAUGUUGCUGUUUAUGAUCGAUAUUUGACAGGAGUUCAUUUCCCGUGACUUUAUAACAACCCGCCGGACUGUUUUCCAGGAAAAGUAAAUAGUGUUAAGUGAGCAAAUGUCCACUGAUUACAGUAGUGAGCAGUCUAUUUCUGAUGGCCCAUUCAGGUCGGUUACUAUUGAACAUCUGUCCUGCGAAUAAGUCAAGAGUAACCUUUGAAAGCUGGGACUCCCGUAUAAAUACUGUCAAAGCACUGUACUAAAUCUAUGCACUUAAUCCUCGGGAUGUACUGACGUACCCACAGGUAGGACCGAAAGACCAGAAUGGUAGUUUUCUAUCGACUGAGAACUUGGAAUGAAUUCCUGCUCGCUUUCAAAUUCGCUGUUUCCGCUGGGUUUUACCGAGGAACCGGAUGGUUUCAUAAAACGCGGACUUAACCGUGUUUCCUUUAGUUUACCCCCAAGAAUGAACGUCGGUAACUUCUCCAGCUAUCAGAGGAUCAUGUACACUGUGGCCAAAAGACAGCGUGAUGAGCCUGUUCCUGGACAGAGGGUGUCGCUCGUGUCGGAUUAUAACCGCUCCAGUUAUUAAUAGGACCGCAGUUGUGUGGAGCCGAUGGGGGAAGGGUGUGUGUGGGCUGUCUGAGGGUCCGGAAUAAGGAGUCAGAUGGAGAGAUGGGCAGAGUGAGGGUCCUGAAUGAGGAAUGAGCGGAGGAGGACCGGGCUGUGAGGGUCCUGAAUGAGGAGUUAUGUUGAGGAGGGAUGGGCUGAGUGAGGGUCCCGAAUGAGGAGGGGAUAACGCGCUUUACUUUGUAAUCCAUCCCCAGCUUUGAACUGACUUCAGUUUUCUAGCACGUUUGUCAUCUUUUACAAUAAUCAAAGGAUGGACCGGUGGAUAUGUGCAGCAUCCCACAGAUUAAACCACUAGAAACAUCGCAAGUUCGCUAAAUGUCAUCAUUAAGAUUCAAACGGGAAUCUGAAUUAUUCUUAAUAUUCUGAUCGAGAGGAUUUGUUUCCCGUCAGAUUCCGGGCAGAGCAUCGCGUCCGCAGUUUCUAAGCGAUAAACACCCAUUCUGUACUGGGAGAGUUGUAGAAACAGGCCUGCUUUAUAAAUGAUCCCGCGUCAUUAAAUCUUUGACACGUCUGUUCGCUUCUCCAUUUACAUUGUUGUGACAAUGUGGUGGAAAUAUGUCUGUUGUAACAGCUCAUUAAUAAUUGUUAUGAAGUAGGAAAAUGUUGAGUUAUCAGUGCAUGAGAACCCAUUGGCAUAAGGCGCUGCGGUUGUAAUGUUGAAUAUAAAAUAUUUAGUUCGGAAAGUUUUAAUAACAAAACUGAGACUGACUUGA